UGGAAGGUAUAAACGUAUUUUUUUUUAAAAGCAAUGCGUUUUUAAAACUAAAAAAGAUUAGGCUGUUUCUUAAAGUUGAAGAGCCUGAACCACUAAGUCAUCAUGGUACCAAUCCUGCGUGUGUGCUGGCUAUGAAUUCCCUUUUGACGCAAUAUAAUCUAUUAGCAAAACAUACAUUCAUUGCAUUCAAAGAUCUUUAGAUAUUUCUUUAUAUGCAUAUUCAGUAUUUAGAAACUUCUUUUUCAGAAAAUAUUACAUGCAUAAAAAAGUUAUUUUCGCUGCUUCACGUUAAAUAAAAAAAAUGGAUACUUUGAUAUUUAAGCUAAACAUGCAAUUUUUAAUCAUUAUUUUUAAUACAAUCGUUGUUUUUGCGGCUAAUUCAUCCAAUAUGACUCGCUCAUACAAUACAUCAAUUUCAACCAUUCAUGAAAGCCACAUAGCUGAAUCGAGUCAAGUCGAGUGUAAAUCGCCGAACAAAAAUGCAACCAUAUCAUCAGGACACGAAAAAACACCGCGUUAUGGAAAUUCAGUCGCAGCAUUUUUAAAAAAGUAUUGUCAGAUGUGCAAUAUUACCGAUGCGGUAUGCAAUUGCAACAGCCUUUCUGAUAUUUGUACAUUACUUAACACUAGGGUAGAGCAUAUGUUUUUAUAUCAGCGAUGGAGAUAUUUGACGAUUGGUUUCUUCAACGUCUUUUUUGGAGUUUGUGGAAUAAUUGGCAACGUUAUCGUACUUUUGGUCACGUAUUUUGAACGCGUGACAAUCAGUAGAUGUCAGUAUCUCAUUACAUGCUUGGCUGGCGUUGAUUUGUUAUUUUCUAUUUUACAGGUUAUUUUAUAUAUGCCAUAUUUUUGGACAUUCUAUUGGAUAUAUGGUGAACCUAUGUGUAAAAUAUUACAUGGCGCAAGCGAUUUGAGUUUCAUGCUAGCUCUCGGAUUCAUAUCAGUGAUAGCUCUGGAACGAUUCUUUGGUAUAGUGUAUACGCUAAACGGUUGGUUUUCAAAAGGUUUCCUUAAACUGGCAGUCAUUCUGAAUUUCAUAACUGCAUUUAUUGUUACUUUAUAUGCAGCUCUCAGGACAAAACUGGAGACGAUUUCUGAUAAAAACGAAAGAUGCCAAUUAGACUUCUCACGACAUUCUCAUCGCAUCUUCAAUUGGUUUAUCAAUGUGCUGUACUUCGCAUUACCUGUUUUUAUAAUUUCCGUUUUAUAUUACUUCAUUGCUAAAAAACUAAACAGUAAACAAGAAACCGAGGUUACUUCCAUGCUGGAGGAAAAACAGAGAGUAAAACGCCUGAAAAACAACAAAAGGAUUAUGAAAAUAUUAUUUGCUAUUGUGGUUGCGCUUGUUAUUCUCGUGUUACCAAAUCGUAUCGUCGCAACCUUCUUUGUCUAUGCUAAUGAUAUAACCGUAAAAACAGAAGACAUUAUUAUUAUUAUUGGGUAUGUCCCCUACUCGUUGCAUGUUGCUAUCAACCCCAUUUUGUAUUCGCUAAUUGACUCGAAAUUUAAAAAGAAAUGUAAACGUAUUUUUCAAAAUUCCGUUACAAGGCUAACCGUUUAUUUGAGUAGCCAAAGCGCAAAUGAUCAAGACGAAAUAAAUGAUGGAAGGACAACUCUGAAGGAAGAUAACUUUUAAUAAACAAACUGAAAUUUUUAUUCGUUUUGGUUUGAUCAUAAGAAUCCUCUGCAGGAUUGGUUGAAAACAAAAUUAUCAUAUUAAAACCACGGUGGACAUAAUAAGAACAAAAAUAAGAACCUUUGGAGUGCUGAAAAACUUAUUGAAAAUGAAUUCAGUGCAUUGGAUCAGGUUUAAAGGGGAAGGGGAAAUGAUAUUGUUUUUUUAUGUUGUUUUUUAUUAUCGGGGCUACGGGAGACUAUACACCCCUUUCCCUACGCCCAACCUCUUGAGUUUCUCUGUAAAAUAAUCUUUUUAUUGUGUAUUUGCAAAUAUUUUUAAUUUUUUUAUGUUGAUGAAUUUUUGAAUAUUUAGAAUUUUCUUUAAAUGUAAAGCAUUCAAAAUAAUUGUACUCGAGUGACAUGAUAAAUACGCUAUCUAGCAACCUCGUUUCUAGGUCACUUUGCCUUUACGGUGGGUUUUCACAAACAAAUUUGGUCAAGU